AGGAGGAGGAAGAGGAGGAGGAGGAAGAGGAGGGUGGGGGGGGGCGGAGGAGGACAGGAGCAAGAGACAGAUUGAAGAGGAUAGAUUGAAAGAAAGCCCUGCUGUCACCAGCUUGUUCUUCAGUCUUUAGUGUCAGUCGGUACCUUCCACCAUCCCUUCCUCUGAGGCCUCCGCUUGUUCUCCGAGGCCUACGGGCCGCCCAGCAUGAAGCAGGCACCAUGGGCUUUCUGGAAAACUACCAGGAGAUCGACCCAGUCACUUUGAACCUUUGCAUCCUCAUUGCCAGCUACGUUAUCUUGCUCCUGGUCUUCCUGAUAUCGUGUAUCAUGUACGACUGCCGAGGCAAAGAUCCAACCAAGGAGUACGCCCCCGACCCGCAGCCGACCCAGUCUCCCAUCAGGCUGGUGGUGAUGCAGAGCUCUCCAGCACCAGCAGGACGGUGGGACACGGCCAACAUGAUCACAACCUACCACGAGCCAACGCACUCGGACUUUAGGGAGAAGAAAAGCACGAUGGUCUAAGCGAGACUAACCUU